AUGGGGCGGUCCCACUCCUGUCGUAUUGUAGUAGAGGAAGACGAGGACGGGGUCAAAGGGCUGUGGGUCGGAUUCAAACCCACGCUGCUCUAACGGUUGGACCUCACAGACCACACUGUGCCAUGUUUUUUGUCCCAGAGACGGAUCUGAUACAGCCAGAUUUCCUUUUCCCCGUGUCAUUGCAGGUGAGUGAGUUUGACCAGAAGGUGGAGGAGCAGAAGGCAGACCUGGAGGCCCAGAAGGCAGCCUUGUCCCUGCAGUACCUGGAGGAGAUCCAGGUGUGUGCACACGUAUGAUUGUAUAUUUUGCUACUGCAGUUUAUAACACACUGUAAAUGCAAUCUUUGAGUCGUAGAAUACACUGUUUUUAUAAGGUAAUGUGGGCUGGGCAUCCUGAAGACGCAAUACACUUUAAUAACCUCCUCCAGGCACUACGAGGGGAGAUGUCCGGCAUCCAGAACCGAGCCCUGGAGCUCCAGGCCCAGGUAGAGAAUGCUGAGGAGGAGCGGGCCUGUCUGGAGCAGAGACAGGCAGGGGUGCUGGAGGAGCUGGAGCACCAGCAGGAGCAGGAGGUGAGGGGCUUUUGUGUGGCUCAUUUGGUAAGGGCAUGGAGCUAGCGACGCCAGCGGCGUGGGUUCGAUUCCAACAGUAUGAAAGUGUAUGCACUCGCUGAAGUAAGUCCCUUUUUUUUUUAAUUUUUAUAAAAGCAUCUGCCAAAUGGCAUAUAUGUAACUAUUCCCCAGGUUGUUGCUGUAAAUGAGAAUGUGUUUUCAGUCAACUUACCUGGUAAAAUAAUAAUGAAUAAAAUAAUAAAUGAAUAAAAUAAUACAUUAAAUAUAUAUAUAUAUAUAUAUAUAUAUAUAUAUAUAUAUAUAUAUAUAUAUAUUAUUCUAUUAGGUGAGCAGCCUGAGACAGGAGCUCCUGGAGGCUCACAUCCAGGCUUCUGCCCUGGAGGAGCAGCUGAAAGUCCUGGAGGCCCAACAAGCGGAGGCCGAGCUGGGCGUGGACACGGAGAUGCGGGAACUGAGGAAACUUCACGCCUUGGAACUCAACAAGCUGGACGAGCAGCACGACAAGAUCCUUCAGGUCAGGCUGGAAGAAGAGCGAGGGAAGCUCCGGGAGGAGAGGGCGGAGGUGGAGAGGAGGCUGUCGGAGGAGUGGGAGAGGGAGAAGGUGGAGUUACAGCGGAGCCACGAGGAGGCGGUGAAGGCUAGGAUAGAGGAGGUGGAGAGGAGGCUGUCAGAGGAGUGGGAGAGGGAGAAGGCGGAGUUACAGCGGAGCCACGAGGAGGCGGUGAAGGCUAGGAUAGAGGAGGUGAGUUUGAAGUUCCAGGCAGAGCGAGAGGAGUCGGAGAUGCGACUAACGGAGGAGUGGGAGAGGGAGAAGGUGGCGUUACAGCGGAGCCACGAGGAGGCGGUGAAGGCUAGGAUAGAGGAGGUGGAGAGGAGGCUGUCAGAAGAGUGGGAGAGGGAGAAGGUUCAGCUGGAUGAGCAGAGUAACGCGUCGCUCCAGACCAUGUUAGAGGACGAGAUGUUACGUCUAGUCGAGGAGCAGGAGGGUAGGGAGAGCCGUCUCGCCGAGCAGUGGGAGCUGGAACGAGUUCAGCUCCAGGAGUGUCAGGAGGAGGCGCUCCUCACCCGGUUGGCAGAGGAGAAGCUGAAGCAGCAGGAGGAGACGGAGAGGAGGCUCAGGGAGGACUGGGACAGGGAGAGACUCCAGCUGGAGAAGGACUAUGAGGGGAUGCUCCAGGAGCGGCUGCAAGAGCACAGGGAGAGGCUGGCGGGGGAGAAGGAGGAGCUGGAGAAGAGGCUGGAGCAGAUGAUGGAGGAGGAGAAGGAGUGCCUGGAGGAGGCCCACAGACAGGCUGUGCAGGAACUAAGUGCCAAACACAGCGAGGAGAGGGAACAGCUCAGCAGUCUGCUGGAUAAACUGCGGGAGGAUAUCGCUGAGGAAAGGUAAGACUGCUUAACUGUAAUGAAAUCAGCUUAUGUGUAAAAUUUCUGUUCUUAAAUGGUCCCAGCAUUGUCCAUGAAAACCUUAACCUUAACCAUAUUUACUUAAUGUAGUGAACCACUUGAGAAUUGUAACUACAGCUAUGCUAAGAAAGUAGAUUUAGGUGAGUAUUUCUGAGGGUGUGGGAACUGUGGUCCAUAACUCUUGCUGAUUAACAAUGUACAGGAAAGAACUAGAGAGCCACUUCUCCCAGAAAAUCAGGGAGGUGGAGGCCCGGUUCUCAGGCGACCAGGACGCUGUCGCAGAGCGCUUCCAGACCGACGUUUCCAACCUGGAGACGCACUAUCAGAGCGAGCUGAAGGCACUCACCGAGAGCCACGCUGAGCAGAAAACCAAAUGGGACAAGGAGACGGAGGAAGCCCUUCAGGAAGCUGAAGAGCAGAGGAGAGUUCUGCAGGAAACCAUGGAACAAGAGAGGGAGACCAUCACCCAGGACCUGGUGAAAGAGAGGGAGCUGCUAGAGAGUGUCCAUAAGGAAGAGAUGGAUGCAUUGGUCGCGAAGAACCAGGAACUCCAAAAGGAGCUGGAGAGUUUCAUCAGUUUAGCCCAGACCAAAGAGAUCGAGCUGAGUAGGCAGCUGAACGAUCUUCACAAUAGGCUGCAGGAGAACCUGGACACGAAAGACGAGCUUCUGGCCCAGUCUGAGAACAAAGCCCGGGAGAUGGAGCUUCUGCUGAACCAGGCAGUGGAGGACUUCAAGCAGGAGAGGGCAGAACUUCAGGGAAGCCUUUCUGAAUUAGAGGCAAGGCACUCCAUGGCUGCGAAGCAUCUUGAGGAGAGGUGUGAGCUGCUCUCAGAACGUGAUGACCUGAAGUUGAAGAUCAAAGAACUGGAGAAGCUCCUGAGACAGGUGGCGGUGGACUUUCAGUUUGAGAGACUGGAGCUGCAAGAGAACGUCUCAGACCUGGAACUGAAGCUGAAGGAGAGCCGUCCUUCCUCUGACCUGCAGGACAAUGAGAAAGGAGAGCUUCUGGCCGAGAGAGACCAGCUUAGUAUUAGGAUUCAGGAAAUCGAGAACGAGCUCAACCAACUUCUAGAAUCUGCAGACAUAACAGAGAACAAAGAAAUGGACGAAUCAAAUGAAGUACAUUUACCACUGCUAGGAGAGGAACAUCUAGAGGCUGCAGCUCUUGAAGAACAAGAAGUAUAUUCAGAAAACCUUACCGUUAGUGAUGAGACAUGUGACGACGUUGUUCCAGAGGACUGUGAAGGCCUUGACGUAGCUCCUGUGGAGCAGGGACCAAACGAUGAAGUUGAGAUUAUUACUGAAUCACCUCAUGAGAUGGAGAGUUCUGAAAACAUAAUUGCAGAAGUCUGUGAUCAAGAAAUACCUGUUACCUCAGACAACCUGAAUGUCUUCGUAGAGGCAUCUGACACCUCUGGCGAACAAGGACAAGAUGACGAAGUGGAGAUGAUCCCUGAAACUCCAAAUAGGUUACAGGAAUGUCCUGAAGACACCAUAACUCUUCAUCUUGAUGGGGCGUGUUAUGAUGAAACUACUGUGGGCGAUGGCCAAGACCCUGUGGUCGAAUCUGUUGCCGUUGGGGAGCAAGCACAAGAUGGCGACGCUAGUGAGGGAGGGAUGACUCCUGAAUCUUCUGAGGACAUUGAGGUAUGUCCUGAAAACAUUAUCAGUGUUGAGGCAUGCAACGGUGAAGUCGCUGCUAUUCCAGAAGAAUGCCAAGAACUUGUUGAGGAAUCCCCUGAAUUCCAAGGUCAGGAUGUGGACAACAUGGACGAAGACACUAACGAUGACAUGGUAGUGUUGUCCAUUCCAGAGGAGCAACCUCAAAGUGACGACGUUGAUGGAGAUGUCUGUCUCUCUGAGAUGAAGUGUGAAGUCUCUUCCCCUGAUAAAAUGGAACAGAAUGAUGCUGGUGUAGAAGAAACUGGUUUUGAUGAUAAGCCUGAAGAGGAGGAACUUCAAAAUCAUCUGUUCAAUGAAGAAGUACAGGGAUAUGUGUCUUGGUUGUCUCUUAGCCCUAGAGGAGAUAGGUCAUGACACUGAGAAAGAGGCUGUGGAACUGAUUCCUCAGCUGCAGCAGAAGUGUGAAGAGGCAGUGAAGGAGCGAGACGCUGUGAGAUCACGGAGCUCCGGGAGCAAGGCGGUUCAGUUCCAGAGCGAGGCCAGUCGUCUGGCUCGGCUACAGAGCCAGUAUGACACUGCGUGAGGAGAACCUGGCGCUACAGCAGAAGAUCUCAAGAGCUUCAGCAGGAAGACUGACGCACUGGAGAGUCUUUCAGCAGAGAACGGUUGGAAUGAAAUACCAGCUUCCGAUCAGCAAUCUUUAGAGGAAAACGCACCCUCAGUGCUCAGGCCAAAGAGAUCAAGGUGAUGUCUUCGGAUAUGCCGCGCUUCAGAUCAGAUACGAGGAGUGAUCUGUGAAAAACGCCAAGCUGGAGGAACAGAACUGUCGACUUGGAGAGAGAGUUCGGGCCUCGAGAGCAAAAUGCACAUCAUCCAAGACUUCCAGGAUCAGCAAGUAGCGUUGGUGGAACGAGAUCACCAGGAUGAGAGAGGAGAACUGUAAGCUGACUGAUCUAGUCAGCGAGUUAGAGAGGCAGGAUGAGAUUCUCAUGGCUCUGCAGUCUGGAGGCCGAGUCCGAGGAAGACGCCACCACAGAACAAGAACAAGAGUCCUUCCUGGACCUGAAACUCCCAACUGGAGGCUAAGAUACAGGCUGUGUCGGAGCUGGAGGACUGCUGCACGGAGUUCGAGAAGCAGAACGCCAAGCUCCGCAGUGCCCUAACGGACCUGCAGGACAAGUCGCUGAGGAUACAUGAGAGGAUGCAGACCCAUAGGUAACUUGAAGGAGAUGUAUGAUCCCGUUACCAACCCUUUGCACCUGCUGCUUUCUUAAUCCCAUCCCCUGCUGCGAUAUUGUGCUUGGCUUAUUAAUGCAACUUCCUCCAGCAACUUCCUCUAGCACCAGAAGUAGUGCUGUCACUGGCUGAUGCAAACUUCCUGUGGCUCCAGAAGUAGUGCUGUCAUUGGCUAAUGCAACUUCCUGUGGCACCAGAAGUAGUGCUUUCAUUGGCUAAUGCAAACUUUCCUGUGGCACUAGAAGUAGUGCUUUCAUUGGCUAAUGCAACUUCCUGUGGCACCAGAAGUAGUGCUUUCAUUGGCUAAUGCAACUUCCUGUAGCACCAGAAGUAGUUGCUUUCAUUGGCUAAUGCAACUUCCUGUGGCACCAGAAGUAGUGCUGUCACUGGCUUAUUAAUGUAACCCCCUGUAGCAAGUCUGUGACGUCUAUGUUCUGAAGUAGCUCUGCGAUGUCAAUCCUGUGACGUAAUCCAUCUUUCCAGUUGAAAAACUUGCCAUGUGGAAACAACAGCUACAACAACCAGGCCAUGUUGUGGCCAUGCCACUGUACAAUCCCACCCUGGUCCUAUAGAAACAGCCAACUGUCCUGUCAUUGGUGCAUGUUGUUUGUCUGUUUGCCUUUGUGAAACUGUCCUGUCCUGUCAUUGGUGCAUGUUUGUGGACUAUUAGAGCCCUCCGUUGAUGUAUGGAUUUCUGCUUUAUGAACACCUCAAUUCAUGGUUUUGUUCAAUUUACUUUUAUUUACUUAAUUUACUCUGACAUUAACAACGUUUUUUAACAAAACUCUUAAACAUUAUGACUACAAAACAGGAACAUGUGGUGCUGGUUGUGUUUUUUUUAAAUCAGCUAGCAUAGAGACUGAGGUCUUCUGUUUGCUGACGUGGUUUCUUCUGUAGGAAUGAGGCAGGUCGUCUAGCAGAGGAGAACCUCAUACUCAGAACCAAGAUCUCGAUGCUGAAGGAAGAGGACCUGAGAGAGGGACCGAGGAGGAGACAC